AUGUCGUACCUUAUGUUGGAUCAGAAUGAUAUUGGAUUCAUAAAUGGAUCAUUAUCUCAUAUACAUAAUUUAAAGGUUCUGAAUAUUUCUGCAAAUAAACUUCAAUCUCUAUCAGGAUUGUUUCAGAAUAUGACUAAAUUAACAGUUCUAAACAUCAGUGACAAUUAUGUCCAAAAUGUCAAAGGAGACGAGUUCUACCAUACAAAUGGAAUUGAGAAAUUGGAUUUAUCUAGAAAUUUACUGCUUAAUAUACCAGCGAAGCUGUUUGUAAAUCUUGAGAUACUAACUGAACUGAGGCUGGACUCAAAUAAUAUUACUGUUAUUAGUAACAAAGCGUUUUCAAAAUGUACUAAACUUUCACAUUUGUAUUUAAGCAAAAACAGUUUAGAAAAUAUAAGUCUCUUAGAGCUGCAUUCAAACAAGUUAAUAUACCUUGACAUAACUAAUAACAAACUCACAGAACUACCGACAGGGUAUAACGAGUCCACUGGAACGUGUUACAGUUAUUUUAACUUGCAAACAUUGAAUGCGAGUAGAAACAAAAUUGAGUCGUUUCAAGCGAGGUGUUUUCAUUCACUCAGGAACUUAUCAUUGAGUUUCAACAACAUAGAACACGUCCCAGUUUUAAGUCAUCUGCCAAAGCUAAACCAAAUCGAUUUGAGGGGUAACAGAAUUGUUGACCUUGAACCUCAAAAUGUGCUUUGUUCAGAAGAAAGCUCCUUGCGAAAACUUGAUAUUGGUGACAAUAAGAUUGAAACCAUAGCCACUGGAGUUUUUGAAAAGUGUACAAAUCUUGAAAUCUUACUUCUGAACAAUAAUUACUUAAGAACAAUGGAUGCACAGUUUCCAGUAUCACUAAAGGUACUACACCUUUCUCGCAACAAAUUUAGUUGUGAAUGUGCUUUGGCAUCUUUUGUAGACUAUGUCAAGUUACUAAAAACAGAUAACAUUACAUGUUCUGUAAAUGGAAAUGACGUUGACAUUAAAUCAGCUGGUAUUAAACCCUGUGUAAGCAAUACACUUUUGCAUGUUCUUAUUGAAAGUCUGCUUCCUUUUGCAAGUUGUUUACUGCUAGCUGGAAUAAUAUCUGUGUUGAUAUUUCGGUAUCGAUAUGAAAUUGAAGUAAUAGUUUUCUAUAAAUGGAACAUACGUUUUCGUUGUUGCUGCAGAAAACGAAAGUCUGAACCUGUGAAUCAUAAGUAUGACGCCUUCGUUUGUUUUGCGGAAGAGGAUGUUAACUAUGUAAGAAGCACACUUGUCCCACUUCUUGAGCCUAAGUUUAAGUUGUGUAUUUACUACCGGGAUUGUCCAGUAGGUGAAGACAUUGCAGAAGCCAUUUUGGAUGUAAUAGAAUCUCGUAGUUCUGUCUCAAUCUUUUAUGCAGAGUCGAUGGGGGACAUUUGA